AUUGGGCACCAUAGUAUGCUUGAAUAAUGAUCCUCUAGAAAGCAGAUCCUAAAUCUUAUUACAUUAUCAUCCAGGUACUAUAAUCUUUAGCCUUUUAUUUUCUGAAUUGAGCUUUUCUUGUUAGUACCACAAUGGGUUGGAAUAUAGUAAAAUUCUUGUCUUGACUCUUAGGCCCUGUUUGGAUCCUCCAGGCUAUUAAAUAGCCCUCCGGAAUCUUGCUAUUUAGGAGUAUUAUUAAACGUAGAUUACUGAAAAAACCCAUUCCAUAACCCCUAGACUAUUUUGCGAGACAAAUCUAACGAGGUAUAUUAAUCCAUGAUUUGCUACAGUGAUGCUACAGUAAUCAUCCGCUAACCAAAACUAUGAAGAAAAGGAAAUGUCUAUUACACCUUGAUGGAUUUAACAAAAACUCGGCCUCUGGUUUAGGGUUGCUAGCAGAUUUUGGGUAAACAGUAGGUAACUGGGAUUUUUCUCGUAACAGAGCAACAGAAACAGCAUUUCAUGAUUAUUAGUUGUUAAGGAACCAUAAUCAUGGUCAGUAUCUCAAAACCAACACUACAUAAGAAAAGACAAAAUUAUACACACAUAUACAAGUUCUGAAGUUCAUUGUCCCCACUGACACAGGUCACAGCAACCAACAGGGAAAAAACAUUUUUUUUAUAGAUAGCCAACAUCUUGUGAAAGGAACCUUGUAUAUAAUAAGCACCCAUGUGAUUCUACAGUAAACAAAGAGUUGUGCCAGUUAUAUCAAGCAUUUGUGAACACGGUAGGCACCAUUCUCUUGUUCCUCUCUGUGAAGAGAUCUUGAAAUUUACAUGUGAAUUUGUGAUCUCGUGUACUCUUUAUGAAAUAUACUUGCAAGUUGCAAGUUACUCUGACUUGUGGCACUUGAUCUCCCUAUCAAAUUUCUUUCUCUCUUGCUGAACUCGGGCUUGCAGUUUGACCUGCCUACUCUCAGCUCUCAGAAAUGACCAAUAAGUGGAGCGUAUUGAGGGAAGAAUUUACAUUUUCAGAAGGCAACGUACCUUUCAAAACCUGCCAUGCUUCCACAAUUGUUGAGGUUCAGAAGAAUAUGUUUCUGGUGGCCUACUUUGGGGGAACACAGGAAGGUGCUGACGAUGUUAAAAUUUGGCUACAGAGAUAUUACAAUGGCUCGUGGCACUCUCCUGAAGUAGUUGAUGAAGUGCCCAAUGUUCCUCUGUGGAACCCUGUUCUCUUCCAGCUUCCUUCUGGUGAGAUCCUCCUUUUCUACAAGGUUGGCAAGACUGUCGAAAGUUGGAGUGGAUGCAUGAAAUGCUCAUCGGAUGGUGGUGUUAUCUGGUCAAAGAGAGAGCAACUCCCACCUGGUAUCCUUGGCCCUAUCAAGAACAAGCCUUUCUUGCUCAAGGAUGGCCACCUGCUCUGUGGAACAUCAGUUGAAAGCUGGAAUUCAUGGGGUGCUUGGCUUGAGGUCACCAAGGACCAUGGUAAAACAUGGAAGAAGUAUGGCCCGAUUUACGUAAGAGGAAAAACCAUGGGAGUGAUUCAGCCAGUCCUCUACCAGACCAGCAGUGGCACAAUCCGCAUGCUGCUGCGCCCGUCCGAUGAAGUAGGUCGCAUCUGCGUUGCGGAGUCCAAGGAUUCUGGUGUCAACUGGAGCUAUGCGCAACCAACCGAGCUCCCAAACCCCAAUUCUGGUAUCGAUGGCGUUAAGCUCAAGGAUGGGAGGGUGGUGCUGGUAUACAACAGCACCUCAAGAGGGGUGCUCAAGGUUGCUGUUUCUCAGGAUGACGGCGACAAAUGGGAGGAUGUGCUGACACUGGAGGAGACCCAUGGUGUGGAGUUCUCAUACCCUGCUGUAAUUCAGACUUCUGAUGGGCUGGUUCAUGUGACAUACACAUACAAAAGGACUCAAAUCAAGCAUGUCGUUCUACAACCAAGCGAGGUUUGAUGCAGUCAGUAAUCAGACAUGUGGAUUUGUCUCAGGAGUGAAGUUUGAACUGUAGGAUUGGAAUGUGGAAUGUGGCAACCAAGUGCAUGUCCAGUUCGUUUUUUAUGGGCCUGUUCACUUUGAUGCUAUUUUCAACCUUACCAAAUUUUGGUAAAGUUACCAAAAAAGUGGCUACAUUUAGUAUGCUACCAAAAUUUUGGCAACUUUACUAAAAUUUUGGCAUUGCCAAAAUUUGGUAAGGUUUUUUUUGGCAUCAAAGUGAACAGGCCCUAUAUUUUGCCUACAUGCUUGUUCAGUGUUUACUGGAAUUACCCAAUGACGAUUGUUAAUUCCUUCUUGACAAUCUGGCAAACAUCACUCUUGUGCUGUGUUCUAGUACGUAAAUAAGUGAAAGGUGAAACUGUUGCAUUUUUCAGCUA